UGACGUGGUAAGUGCAUGAUAUURAACGGCGACCUGUGCUGUCCAGCUGGUCAACGCGCUCUGUCAUAAAAUUAUGUUUCAUCAAGUUUAUUAGAGAAAAAAACUAAUUCCAAUUCACGUUUUAGUCAUUUGCGCCUCKUUUUGACCUCUAUAUUUUACAGUAGCUUGUUCUGUCAUGAUAAAAAAAUUUCAACUGAAGUAGUUUUAUUUGAUUGAGUAUUUCUUUAAGUGAACGGGUCAGRAAAGCUUGUGAUUAAUCUUGAAGUAUAUGGGUUUGUUAAUUCUAAACCUUCUAAAUCGGCCUUGUUUUCUUUCAAAACAAAACAAAAAAUGUAUUGCUCGCCGCCUUGCGUUCCUUAAUUCCAGGUAUCCAACAAUUCCAUUCCUCUUUUUACCAAAAAUAUCAAUGAAUUAAAAAAUAUAACGUUCUUUAUAAUCGAUGUAAUAUUGCUUAUCUUAUUUCAGCAGGAUGCGUUGAGAAUUAUAGUGAUCAAUAUAAACUAGAAUUAUCAACAGGAACAUAUUAUACCCUUUGUAACUAGAUCAGCCAUGAUACGAAACGUGUCCCUUCCUCCUCUUAGUUCUUUUCUUUUUCUUUCCUUUUUUUCCUUUUUUUUAAGUCCGUUUUUUCUUUACAUAUUAUAUUCAGUUUUUAUUAGUUUCCCUUUUUGCUUCUCUUUACAUAGCUUUUCAUCUUUCAUUUGUAACCGUUCUUAUUGGUUUCAUUUACCAUGUAAAAUGACGCGAACUUGACGACGCGAUAUGGGAACCCUCAAGUGAAAAAACAGCAAUAAUCCGAAUGGCAUUAAUUUGAUUAGAAUUUAAACCAUGCAUUACUGAGAUGUUUUUGUAGUGAUUCGAAAUAAUCGGCAGCAGAUCAAAAAUCUGAUAUGUCCAAAAUGUAUACGUAAAAAGCAUGAAAAUCCGCACUGAAAAUUAUCCACGAACCUGUCUAUCCCAAAUCCCCCUAAACUUAUUCUAAAGGCUAACGAGAACUUAAAACAGUCUAAGUACUCCAGCUUCAAAUCUCAGCAUUUUUACCAGGACAAAAAGGAGUCUUUCUGAUGCAGUUGAUUAGUUGUUGUAGUUUAGCCGGAGGGCAGGCCAUUAAUCUGAAGCCAAAAAAAAAAAAAAAAAAAUACACAUAAAAAAAGAGAACUCUCAUCAAUCAAUCAGUUUAGGACAGUAGAUUCAUUAUAUUUUGUUGAUUCCAGGCUUGACUCAGAUUCUUACAAAUUGAUCCAACUUAUUUUAAACUAUCACGGCGCAAGCUUUUCCAUCUAAGUUUAGCGCAAAUCCUAAUAGAGGAAGUUUUGAUCGCGUUCAUGGUCAAGUGUAAUUGAUAUUGUCAUAACAACGCCUGACGCGAGGCGUAGAAAAUGAGUUGGCGUCGCACCCGCACCCUAGCCAUGUUUUGCAUGCCAGACAUCUUUAGCUUAACUACAGUUGUGUAAAUCUACGACAAACAAACAAGGGCUUUUUCUGUACAUUGUACAUGAAUUGUGCAAUAUGGCAUAGAAGUCUAAUAUGGAGGUGAUGGAGAAGUUCGAGUUGGCUAUCACUGUCUUACUUAUCGUWCUGGUAAUGAUCUGUGUCUACAUAGCCGCUUCCUGGACAUUAUGGAAAAGACAAAAAAAGAAAAAUUUGGUGGAAGAAUGGCUGGAUAAGGAAAGUAGUGCCUUUCGGAAAGGAUUCGUUCCUGAGGGGGAAGAAGGGCUUCCUAAAAUUACAAUCACGCCCAUACAACCAAGGCCAGAUAUUUCUAAUGAGGUAUCAGCAUCGCCAACUGACACAGAGGAAGAUGGCCUCGGUUAUGAUUCACAAGAUAUCGAUUUAGGACGGCUGUACUUUGCCCUACAGUACGAUCAUACAAGAUCUGUGCUUUGCGUUCGACUGAUACGAGGAGAAGACAUUCCUAUGGAACGUGACAUUAGUGCGACAUACGUUGGAGUGCGAUUACUACCCCUUCGACUCCAAGGUGAACAAGUCCAGCCUUACGAAACAUCCAUUAAUGUGUCAUUCCAGGAAUGCUACGAGUUUCCAUUGGCAGAGAGUGAGCUUGCGCAGCAGACGCUUGAUUUCCAUAUUUGCCGUUAUGAUCGUUUUUCUCGUAAAGUUGCUAUUGGUGACGUGUAUUUGGCACUUGCUGAGCUGGGUGCRCAAGGAAUUGAUAUCAGCAAAGAGGUGUAUCUGUGUAGAAAUUUGAUUCAUAGUCGGGAGGCAUAUUAUUCUGAGGAAGAAACCAGAGCGAAUGAAGAACAUAUCUCAGAAGGAAAGCCAAGACCUUCGGCAAGGAUUGGUAAACCGCGUCCUGUCAAAGCCUUAUCGUUGUGGAAAAUCGUUCAAGCAGCUGUACUGAAAGGCAAGUUUCGCGGACUAACACAGUCCUUAGGGGGACAAGACUCGCCGUUCUACUGGGAAUCCAUGUUCUCCUCCGGUGGAGAAGGUGAAAAUGCGGAAGCCAGCCCAGCAAGAUUUGCUCCAGUGUUGUACAGGCCGUCCUCGCCAGAGAAAGAACAAGAAAAAGAACAACGCGAAGAUGAUGACGAUGACAUCAACAUCGAUGAGGUAGUUCGAAAAGGUGAACGAUCUGGCUCGUUUCUGUUUCCUUCCAAAUCAGAUGAGGAGGAAGAACAAGAUGUCGAAGGUGAUCAAGCAGAGAUAUUACCUACUCCGCUUCAGAUUUCCCCUGCUCCCGAGGAGUACUACAGACUAGUUCCUUUUACUCCAUACACACCAGCUUCUCCGCUAAAAAAGCCUAAAGACCCCAAUGUGUCAUGGCAUGUACCAGAAUCGUUUACGUCCAAAGGACCGGAUGUUGUACAGGCGCUGUCAGAUAUUUAUACAGAUCCACGAAUUGUCACUUCCGCCAAUCUACGACAAAAUCGGCCUUCUGCGGAGUCGGCCAUUUCCGGUAUAAAGACUAAUGGAAAGAAUUCACAAAAAGGACUGCCGCCCCAGGCAACAUCGACCGAUUCGGACCGAGCGCGUUCCUCAAAUAGUACUAAAAUGCAUUCACGAAYAAAAAAACGGAAACGAGAAGAAACUCGAAAGUUGUCGAGUCCACCAAAGGUGGCUCGAAAAGUUGUAAGGUCGAAACGACAUAAACGAAAACGCUCGGGGCAACAGGAAGAAAAAAARGACAGUCAAGCAGAGCCKCAUCAACGACGUGCUGCAACCAAUCGAGUUUUCAAAAUCAAACCUCAAAAGACCCGUUCAAUGUCAACAUCAAGCGAAGAGGACUUUGAGCUUCAUUCCAAGAAAUCAGRACAUCAUYCUUGUAAACCUUAUCAAAGAGAAGACACAAAAAKGAAAACUUUCAGUGCGGGAAGAGUACAAAAAAUGCACUCGGAAGACCAAGUUUUAGUCUUCGAAGCGAAAGAUUUCAUUGGUUCUUGUUUCUAUCCGUUGAAGAAUCGUGCUCAGUCCGCACCAAGUGUUUUGAAAGAAAACUCGAUAAGAACUCGACGUGAAAGACACGACACCAGGCCAUCUGUUUCGAUGUCGGAUGUUAGAGACUCUCAUAUCGACAGCAGUGAUGUGUCGUCUGACUUUGAAGAGUUUUAAACAUGAUUUUCACUGAUUUUCGCUGGUUCACAAUAACUGCACCAUCGCUAACCCAAAAAUGGCCUUCUCGACAGAGGUUAAUGUUUAUCAACGGUUUUUAUUCAUCAUCCGAGUGAAAGCUGUUUCCAUACAGUCAAAAAGGAGUUUAAKUGGAAAGAGAUUAAGAAUAUGAGAUUUUAUUGAGUUCAAGUGGGCUUAUGAUCCUUGUCGAAUCAAAACACGUCGUAUCAAAAAUGGCCGCCGCUUAUUUGCAUUUUUUAUUCAAAGACAAAAUGAUCAUUAAAAUGCCAAAGAAUAUGCCUCAGUAAGAAGUUCUCAAAGAAUCUUACAGUAAAGCGGCCCAAUGAAAAAACAUUGAGAUAAUAUAUUUUAAAUCUUUAGUUCAUAUUGACUUGGAUUCAGUAAAAAAUGUUAAUGAACGGCAUAUCUAUAUAAUCACAAAAUAUUACAAUGGGAUGGGAAACUAUCUAUACAAAUUAAAAUGGAUUAGAAAUUAAAUUAAAGUAUAGUUAAUAUUCAAGAAGUAUCUAUGCCUUGAUUAGUAGAGACUCAAUUUGUUGUUAUCACGACAACGGCUUCCAUUCACAAAGAAAUUCCAGGAAACCGCUGACGUUUUACAAAAUAUAUAGUGUUUCUAUUGUGGGACAAAAGAAGUUAUAAUGAAAAUCAAUGUGUAUAUACAAUAUUGAAAUGAYAUUUUGCAAAUAGAUAUAGAAUUAUAAGAAAGAUGUAAAUAAAAAUACUUAUGUUGUGAAGAUUUA